UUGCACGAGCACGGCGCUACGCUGACAGGCCGCGAGCGCGCACGACCACAGAAUAUUCUCGGUAGUAAACACCCGGCCAUGCCGCUCACUCCUCUCGUUUACUGGGCUCAACGCCACGAAGAAAUAUUUCUGCGAGUGGAACUGACAGAUGCUCAGAAUAUUGAUGUUCAAGUGCAUGAGAAUGUUCUUAAAUUCAGAGCAGCCCAGGGCCAUGGUGCAAAAGGACAAAAUGAGUACGAGUUCAGCCUGGAGUUUCUGUUGCCAGUGAAGACAGAGGUGAACCAUAAAUCCACACAGCGGCAGGUGAACGUCAUAGUGAGGAAAGUGCAGCGUGGCUGGUGGGAUAGACUGACUGUGCAGGAGCGUAAACCGGUCUUCCUGGCUCCAGAUUUUGACAGGUGGUUGGAUGAGUCAGAUGCUGAGAUGGAAAUAAGGGAAAAGGAGGACAGAAGGAACAGGCUGAGGGCUGCAAGACAAAGAGACGAUGGGUUUGUCAGCUUGAAAACAGGCUUUUUGUUUAUGUAUAACCUGGUGCAGUUUCUCGGAUUUUCAUGGAUUUUCGUCAACAUGACCGUGCGGCUCUUUAUCUUUGGCAAAGAUUCUCUCUACGACACCUUUCACACGAUAUCAGAUGUGAUGUUCUUCUGCCAGAUCCUGGCAUCAGUUGAAGUCCUCAACGCUGCCUUUGGUGUAGUCCGGACAGGCGUUAUUCCCACCGUUAUACAGGUGGUUGGAAGAAAUUUUGUACUCUUCCUCAUUAUUGGAAGUUUGCAGGAAAUGCAUCGUCAGCCAGUUGUGUUCUUUGUCUUCUAUCUGUGGAGCGCUAUUGAGAUUUUCAGGUAUCCAUUUUACAUGCUGGGCUGUUUCAAUACAGAGUGGAAAACCCUCACUUGGCUGCGCUACACAGUCUGGAUACCACUUUAUCCACUAGGUGUUCUAGCAGAAGCCGUUGCUGUGAUACAGUCCAUUCCCAUCUUUGAGAAAACAAAACUCUUCAACAUUCCUCUGCCUAAAGCCAUCGGGACCUCUCUUAGCUUCUCAUACGCUCUAUACUUUUAUCUCGUCCUUAUGUUUAUAGGACUUUUGAUCAACUUUCGUCACCUUUACAAGCAAAGGAAGCGGCGUUUCCGUACCAAGAAGAGGAAAGCAAAUUAA